AUGACUACAACCGCGCUUCCUGACGCGACUGCCCCGAAGCAGGAAGAACCAGCUCCAUCCGAACCUGCAUCUAUGUCGGCCACCGCAACAGCACCUCCAUACUCUCCGAUCUACGCCACUGCGCAGGCUCAAGCAGGAAGCAUCACAACCAUGCCUGCGCCGACUGCACCAACGACAUCUGGAAGUGACGGAUCUCCUCUACCCACACCGACCGAAACCAUAGCCACCCCUGCCACGAGCACAAAUACCUCGCCUCCACCCCCUCAACCUGGGGCUCGUCCCAACCCAGGAAUUCCAGCACCAACGGCAGCGCCAGCUCCAUCCUCAGCUCCAGUCCCCGGCCCCGUCCCUGGCCCUGGUCCCCAGCAGGCUCACCCGCAACCGCAACUGCAACCAACGCCUACCGCUGCAGCCACAAGCGCAACUACAGCUCCGACGAACCCCAUCCCUAGCUACGGCUACAGCUACGGACUCACCCACCCACCACAGCAACAACAAUUUCAUACACAACCACACCCACACCCAAACUCAACGAGCACACCCUACGCCUCGCUGUACCAGCCUCCCACCGCCACGACCACCACCACCGUCUCCUCCUCGCAACUCCCCUUCUACCAGACCCAGGGCCCAGGCACGGGCGCGCGCACCGACGAGCUCGACGCCAGCCAAGAAGGCGGGUCCGGGUUCCUGGCAAGCGCCAGGUCCUGGAUGGCGAGUGCGGGGACGAAGCUUGCGGAGGUGGAGGCCGAGGUGUGGAGGAGGAUUAACGAGGCUCAUGAUAGGUAG